UUCCGCGUUCUUCGUCAUGCUCCCCGUUCUCUCAUCUAUCCUUCUGUGUCUCUUGACUGUUAUAUUAAUAUACCUUUUAAAAAGGCAUAAGAAGACUGAUGUGAUCUUAUUAGGAAUUUGUGAAUCUGGAAAAACCACAAUAUUCUAUAAGCUUGUACAUAAUUCACAUGCCAUGACAUUUACCUCCCUGAAAGAGAAUAAGGGUCCCUACGGUUCCGAUGUAAGUAUUCCUUAUUUAUUAAAGCAGAAAAUGAAACUCAAUAUUGUUGAUAUUCCAGGACAUGAGAAACUUCGGUAUGAAUUUUUUGAUAGACAUAAAUCUUCGCUUAAAGCUCUUAUAUUCGUUGUGGACUCAAAUACUAUUUCCUACGACUUAAAAGAUACCGCCGAAUUUUUAUAUAAUAUUCUUACUGAUCCAAUUAUUUCAAAGUCCAAUCCUCCCAUAUUAAUUGCAUGCAACAAGCAGGACGGCACAACGGCGAAAGGAUCGAAGAUCGUAAAGAAGCUUAUGGAGAAAGAACUGUGA